GCCAAGUAGACCUGACUUGGGAGAUUCCAGGCCACAAUGGAUGCUCUGCGACUGGCAAAUUCGGCUUUUGCAGUUGACCUGUUCAAAAAACUGUGUGAAGAGGAGCCGGCUGGCAACGUCCUCUUCUCUCCAAUCUGUCUCUCCACCUCCCUGUCACUUGCUCAAGUGGGAGCCAAGGGUGACACAGCAAAUGAAAUUGGACAGGUCUUUCAUUUUGAAAAUGUCAAAGAUGUGCCCUUUGGUUUUCAAACAGUAACAUCGGACGUAAACAAACUUAGCUCCUUCUACUCACUGAAGCUAAUCAAGCGGCUCUAUGUAGACAAAUCCUUGAAUCCUUCUACAGAGUUCAUCAGCUCUACAAAGAGACCUUAUGCAAAAGAGCUGGAAACUGUUCACUUCAAGGAUAAACUGGAAGAAACGAAAGGUCAGAUUAACAACUCCAUCAAGGAUCUUACAGAUGGCCACUUUGAGAACAUUUUAGCUGACAACAGUGUAAACGACCAGACCAAAAUCCUUGUGGUUAAUGCUGCCUACUUUGUUGGAAAGUGGAUGAAGAAAUUUCCUGAAGCAGAAACCAAAGAAUGCCCUUUCAGAGUCAAUAAGACAGACACCAAACCAGUGCAAAUGAUGAAUCUGGAGGCUACGUUCUGUAUGGGCCACAUCGACGGGAUCAACUGCAAGAUCAUAGAGCUUCCCUUUCAGAAUAAACACCUCAGCAUGCUCAUCCUGCUCCCCAAGGACGUGGAGGAUGAGUCCACUGGCUUGGAGCAGGUUGAAAAACAACUCAACUCAGAGACACUGUCGCAGUGGACCAACCCCAGCACCAUGGCCAAUGCCAAAGUCAAACUCUCCAUUCCCAAAUUUAAGGUGGAAAAGGCUGUUGACCCCAAAGCUAGUCUGGAAAACCUAGGGCUGAAAACUAUCUUUAAUGAGAAUACAUCUGAUUUCUCUGGAAUGUCAGAGACUAAGGGAGUGGCCCUCUCAAAUGUCAUCCACAAAGUGUGCUUAGAAAUAACUGAAGAUGGUGGGGAGUCCAUAGAGGUGCCAGGAUCACGGAUCCUGCAACACAAGGAUGAGUUCAAUGCCGACCACCCAUUCAUUUACAUCAUCAGGCACAACAAAACUCGAAACAUCAUUUUCCUUGGCAAGUUCUGUUCUCCUUAAGUGGCAGAGCCCAGGUUAAGUCCCACCUGACUUUUCUGGAAACUGCAUCUAGAAAAUCACUUUCUAAUAUUGUUAAUAUUGGUAGAUCAUUUGUCUUUAUAUGAGGCCCUCACACUAAUAGGCCCUUCUUUUCCAAUCCUCUCUUUAGUUUCCCUACUCCCCUGCCCAUAAAAGCAGUGGUGUAUGCUUUUAAUGAAAAGAAAUCACCUUCAAGGAGAAGUGUAUGUUCAUUAUUUGUCAAAUAAUCUAGGAUUUUUGGCAAGAAUACAGUUUUCAAAAAAAAAAAAGUUCUUAUAAGAAGGAUUUGGAAGACU